UUGAAAUACUUCUUCUACUCAUAAAAACCUUUUUAUUCAAUACUAAUUGUUUGUUUAUUAAAUUUUUUAACAAUAUCAUCGCUGUAGCAAACAAAUUUGACCUUGUCAGGCGAUGAUGAGUAGUAAAAUAUUGCAUACUAUAAAUAGAUCCAGCCGCAGUUAGUUCGUAAUUUUGUCUGAUUGGGAUGGUUGAUCAGACAUAUUGAGUGAUACUUAGCAAAUAUGGGUCGGAGAGAGGAUCCCGCUUGGACAAAGGGCACAGUGGGUCUAACUGCUGCCCGUCAGCGUGGUGAUGUGGACAGGCAGUUCCAGAGUCGUCUCAUGGUGACGAGAGCCAUGAUCAACCGGCUCGGACUGGAGAAGGAGCUUCACGGUCACGCAGGCUGCGUAAAUUGCCUUGAAUGGAAUAGCGACGGAUCUAUACUAGCAUCAGCCUCUGACGAUCUUCACGUAAUACUGUGGGACCCCUAUCGGUAUAAGAAACUUCAUAACAUGGCUACAGAUCAUACUGGCAACAUAUUUUCUGUUAAGUUCCUGUCGGCGGACACCGUGGCGACGUGCGCGGCGGACGGCACGGUGCGGGCGCGGGCGGUGUCGGGGGGCGCGCCGCUGCUGGACUGCGCGUGCCACUGCGGACGCGUCAAGCGCCUCGCCACCGCGCCCGGCAACCCCAACCUCAUCUGGUCCGCCGGCGAGGACGGCCUCAUACUACAACAUGAUAUGAGAACAUCACAUCGCUGCAACUCAGACUCAGCCAACGUACUGGUAAACCUAUUGAACCAUCUCGGGCGGUAUGCAGAAGCGAAAUGCGUGGCGGUGAACCCCCGCAGGCCGUACCAGCUCGCGGUGGGCGCGAACGACUUCUACGUGCGGCUGUACGAUACUAGGAUGAUCAAGUUGGCGAAACUUCAGGUGAAUGCGCCAUCGUCGCGCCUCAUGUGGGAGAGGAGUCACGUGCGGAGCUCGCGCGCGGGUCACGGGGACCCCGACCUCAACGUGCCCCGCGCCGCCGUGCACUACUUCGCGCCAGGCCACUUGUCAAUGGAACCAAAUGAACAUACGUUCCCCAAGAAGGCGACGACGUACGUUGCUUUCAGCCACGACGGCAACGAGCUACUGGUCAACCUUGGUUCAGAACAGAUAUACCUCUUCGAUAUCAACUCAGCUCGGCAGCCAGUUUUGGUGGAGAGUUUCAUCAUUCAGCACAACCAUGGCUAUCGGGAGGGGGAGGGCAAACAGGGACCCCAAAAUGGUACAAAUGGCACUCACGCAGCCGUGGACCCUCCAGUUCAGUUGCCCGACCACGUGCAAAUACUUAAGGAAACUGCAAACGAGUACGUGAACAAAGGUGACUACUCUGCGGCCGUGCAGCUGUACAACAGCGCCAUCGGCGAGUGUCCCGACUGCGCCAUACUCUACUCCAACAGGGCCGCCGCCCUUAUGCGCAGGGGAUGGUCUGGCGAUACAUACGCGGCUAUCAAGGACUGCUACCGAGCGAUCAAGCUUGACUCCUCACACGUCAAGUCCCACUUCAGACUCGCCAAGGGUCUGAUGGAUGUGAAGAGGGCCAGGGAAGCCCACGAGUGCCUGCUGUACUUCAAGGACAAGUUCCCGCGCCACGCCGGCAGCCAUGCGGUGUUCCUCCUGCAGAAGGACAUCAACGUAGCCUUGGAGACCAUGGAGACGCAGCCCGAUGAAGCAGCUGGCGAGGCGGAGGAGAACCAGCUGACGAGCGUGCUGGAGCGACAGCUGCGGGCCGCCGCGCUUGAUUACUCGCAGAGGUUCCUCGGACACUGCAACACCACCACCGACAUCAAGGAGGCCAACUUCCUCGGGCCCGAUGCCAACUUCGUAGCCGCCGGGUCUGACGACGGCAGCAUGUUCAUCUGGUGCCGGCGGUCGGGCAACAUCGUGCGCUGCCUGCGCGGCGACGAGUCGAUCGUGAACUGCGUGCAGCCGCACCCCGCCACGUGCCUGCUGGCCACCAGCGGCAUCGAGGCCGUGGUGCGGCUGUGGUCGCCGCGCGGGGAGCUGCAGCCCGAGCCGCGCGCCGUGCACGACGCCGCCGCCGCCGCGCGCGCCAACCAGCAGCGCAUGCGCAGCGACCCCUUCGAGGCCAUGCUCCUCAACAUCAGCUUCGCCGGCGGGCCCGACCGCGACCCGCACUCGCCCGCCUGCAGGCCCACGUAGGUAAUAUUACGAAAUGGCCGUACUAUCACAUACACACCGGUCGAUAGAUCUAUAUAAUCAUUAACUAAUGAUAAGUCAGUCAUCUGUAAAUAAUUAUACAUUAACGAUACGAAAUACGUUAUCAUUAUUCUCAUAAUUUCUCGGCGAUUAAUGAUUUGUUUAAUUCACAUUGGUGCCAAGGUUUCUUUUUCAUUAAAAAGUUAAUGAUGUCAUUCGGGCUGUAUACGCGUUGUAUAGUCGCAUAUUUUUGUAAUAUGUAUAAAUGUAAAAGUUAAUUUUUAUGUAUAGUAUAUAAGGUGCUAUCGAAUUAUAUGCAUUUUUAUAUACAAAAUUCUCGUGUCACAAUAUAUAUAAGAAGAAUAUAAAAUUAUUUAUUUAAAUAAACUUACAUUGAAGCACUUUUGAAUAAGUUA